CGGGAGGAGAGGGGGGCGGAGGCGGCGGAGGCGGCGGAGGGGCGGGGAGCGCGAGGAGGAGCGACGCGGCCCGCGCCGCCGCCUCUUCCCGCCGCAUGGACGAGCACCUCAGCCUGCUGCGCUCGCCGCCGCCGCCCUCCGCCCGCCACCGCGCCCACCCUCUCCAGCGCCCCGCGAGCGGCGGCGGCGCCCACACCCUGGUGAACCCCGGCUACGCCGAGCCCGCCGCAGGCCCAGCGCUGCCGCCCGACAUGACGGUGGUGCCCGGGGACCACCUGCUGGAGCCGGAGGCGGCCGACGGCGGCGGGGGCCCGCCUCAGGGCGGCUGCGGCGGCGGCGGCGGCGGCUGCGACCGCGACCGCUACGAGCCGCUGCCGCCCGCGCUGCCGGCCGCCGGCGAGCAGGACUGCUGCGGGGAGCGCGUGGUCAUCAACAUCUCGGGGCUGCGCUUCGAGACGCAGCUCAAGACCCUCUGCCAGUUCCCGGAGACGCUGCUGGGCGACCCCAAGCGGCGCAUGAGGUACUUCGACCCGCUCCGCAACGAGUACUUCUUCGACCGCAACCGGCCCAGCUUCGACGCCAUCCUCUACUACUACCAGUCGGGCGGCCGCAUCCGGCGGCCGGUCAACGUGCCCAUCGACAUCUUCUCCGAGGAGAUCCGCUUCUACCAGCUGGGCGAGGAGGCCAUGGAGAAGUUCCGCGAGGACGAGGGCUUCCUGCGGGAGGAGGAGCGGCCCCUGCCCCGCCGCGACUUCCAGCGCCAGGUGUGGCUGCUCUUCGAGUACCCGGAGAGCUCCGGGCCGGCCCGGGGCAUCGCCAUCGUGUCCGUGCUGGUCAUUCUCAUCUCCAUUGUCAUCUUCUGCCUGGAGACGCUUCCCGAGUUCCGCGACGAGAAGGACUACCCCGCCGCGUCGUCUCAGGAGCAGUUCGAGGCGGCCAGCAACAGCACGUCGGGGGCCCCCGCCGGAGCCUCCAGCUUCUCGGAUCCCUUCUUCGUGGUGGAGACUCUGUGCAUCAUCUGGUUCUCCUUUGAGCUGCUCGUGCGGUUCUUCGCUUGCCCCAGCAAAGCCACCUUCUCGCGAAAUAUCAUGAACCUGAUAGACAUCGUGGCCAUCAUCCCUUAUUUCAUCACUUUGGGCACCGAGCUGGCUGAGCGACAGGGCAACGGACAGCAGGCCAUGUCCCUGGCCAUCCUGAGGGUCAUCCGGCUGGUGCGGGUCUUCCGCAUCUUCAAGCUCUCCCGGCACUCCAAGGGGCUGCAGAUCCUGGGCCAGACGCUGAAGGCUUCCAUGCGGGAGCUGGGGCUGCUUAUCUUCUUCCUCUUCAUUGGGGUCAUCCUUUUCUCCAGCGCGGUCUACUUUGCCGAGGCAGACGACCCCACUUCGGGUUUUAGCAGUAUCCCAGAUGCCUUCUGGUGGGCAGUGGUAACCAUGACAACAGUAGGUUAUGGUGACAUGCACCCGGUGACCAUAGGGGGCAAGAUUGUGGGGUCGCUCUGUGCCAUCGCUGGUGUCUUGACCAUUGCUUUGCCAGUCCCCGUGAUUGUUUCCAACUUCAAUUACUUCUACCACCGGGAGACAGAAGGGGAAGAGCAAGCCCAGUACAUGCACGUGGGAAGUUGCCAGCACCUCUCCUCUUCGGCCGAGGAGCUCCGAAAAGCAAGGAGUAACUCCACUCUGAGUAAGUCGGAGUAUAUGGUGAUCGAAGAGGGGGGCAUGAACCAUAGCGCUUUCCCCCAGACCCCUUUCAAAACGGGCAAUUCCACUGCCACCUGCACCACGAACAAUAAUCCCAACUCCUGUGUCAACAUCAAAAAGAUAUUUACUGACGUUUAAUAUAUGCUGUAAGUGACAGGCUGUGCUCAGUAUUGUGUGGAACGUGCCCCCUUGGUCUGUGUAUGCCCUUGUUUUAUACAUUUCCAGACCAUUCAUCAAGGAAAGGACGUGAAGAAGUGGAAAGCACACUUCAUUUUCCCUCUCCCUACUGCUUCAUACUGAAACAGGUGUCUGUUUUGCAAGUGGGCUGCAUUCUCUCAGCUCCAUUUUUUUCUCCCCCCCUUCUCUAAUAUCAUAAGGAACAAACUUACUUUAAACUUCAUUUCUAGUACACACCCUCUUAAAAAAAAAAAAAAAGUACAUCCUGGGAGGAAAUGAAACUAAAGAAUGGUUAGAAUAACUGCCUAACCUCAGUAUGGAAAGUUGUUUCUUUACUAAGUAAAGAGGCACAUACUUAAAGGAUGCUUCCGUUUACUGGACCUUUUAACAUUAUUGAAUAUUUAGUUCAGUCGUCUUCAUUGUGGAUGCGUGGAUGAGAAGUCUAAUUAGAACAAUGACUUGUAAACCCACCAUAAGUUUAUUUGGUUUUUGACUGGAAUUUCUAUUUGGAACACCUCCUGGAAUUUUAAAGACUUCUACAACUUUGAACAAAGGGAAAUGCCCGAGGUGUCCUGAUCUAAUUAGUUGAACUCUUUGGGGCUUGGUAAGCAUUUCGAAACGGGGGUAGACAGGCAGAUUCUUCUGAAGUUCUGUGUGUGCGUUCCAGGCAACAUCUUAUCAAAGUGUAGAAACAGAUGUUUUCAGUGCUGCUGAGAAAAACAAACAGAAUUCCUAAUGCGUCUGCGAGAUAAGCUUCUGCAGUAUCAAAAGAAGAUUAAAGUGGCAGACACUCCUUGCAGCGGAAGUUACUAAUUCGGACCUGACUGAUGCAGUUCCCAUAGCAACCCAUGUUUCCUGGGAAACCCGAAAAAGGUUGUCAUGGCAUCUCUUGCUCUCUAGCCCCACCCCCUAGCCCCUGCCGUUUCCACAGUAACCUUUCCAGAUGGUUCCUCCUUACAGGAUUUCAUAAGGAAAACCACUAUUUGAAUAAACCGCACAAAUAAGGUUACGUCUGAGAAUCUGAGGUGGUGAACUGAAUCACAAACAAUGCAUUUUUUUUUUACUACAGAAAAUCAUUGAUAUCUCAUAAUGACUGAAUUGGAAAGGAAAAUAUUGCCUUUGGAAUGUUAGAUAUAUACUCCAAUGAGGCAUGAUUUGAAUUGGAUGCCAAUAAUUAGGCAAUAACUUAAAAGGAUAAUGUUUUCUUCCUCCAAGAAGUUUCAAGCCAGCAAGUGAAAUUUAAAAGCAAAUGUAAAAGUGUUCUGUACAUAAGCAAAUGAAAGAUUCAAUCGGUGUACCUGAAACCUUACUACAAGGGACCUUCAGACUUCCUCUUCAAAAAAAUUCCAGAAUCCGACAACAGCACUUGAAAAGCUAAAUAAACUUUAAAAAUAUAAA